GUUCACUUCCGUUUUUCGGACCGUCACUUAUGAUGGCGGCGUAGAUGCCUAGGGAAAGUCAACGAGAACAACUCAAACUGCCAUUGGAACGCACCCUGAGUGUGCGUUAUGUCAUCAGGUGGAGACAUAUAGUGACAUUAGUGAUGACGUUGUAUGGCGCAUGCGCGCACCGACCACUUGGAACCGUGUCGCAUUCGGAGGUAAACACAAUGGAUAAUUAUGACAAAUAUUUAAUGUGAACGACAAAGAUUAAGUGACAGCGGGAGACAUUUUUAUUCGUGUCAGGAUAGAGUCGUCUCUGAGCUUUUGGAGCUUCUCAGGCAAGCUUAGCUUGCUAGCUGCUAACAAAGAAACCCGGAAGUUAUCAACACAUCGCUUAGCAGAGAUCAAGUGAGUGUAAAGUGUUGUGAUUGUGUGAAAAUGUGUAAAGUACAAAUGCCGAGAGCGUUGGUGAAUCAGCGACUAACUGCGGCUGUCGAAGAAGUAUUUGUAGUGUUGGAAAGAACGAUAGCAGAGCACGAGGAGGAACUUUCUCGAACAAAAGAGGUGAACGAGCGACAACGAUAAACGACAACGUUACACAGAGCAGGUUAGUUUCAUUCUAACUCUCUCGUGUUUAUAAGCUUUCUAUUUGUUCAUUAACACUACUCAUAACAAGCUUUUCUCUUUGAAUCGAUAUCAAGGGGCCGUGUCAGUGUCGGGUCGAUACUACCGCGAUUAGAGAUGUUUUUCAUUUCUGGCUGUGUUUUUUCAGUGUCGCCCACUCUUAUCUUUACAUUGAGCUGAUUGAGUAAUUACCCCAUUCAGAACUCCCAUGAAGACACACUAUCGAUUUCCAAUUAGGAAACACUACCUCGGGACUUUGGUGGCAGGGCACCAGGCGUGGAUGACAUCCACCUGGAGUUCUAAGGCCCUGGAUGCUGUGUGGCUCCUCUGCAGGGGCGGUGCCUCUCGAUUGACAGACCACUGUGGUGGUUUCCCUUUUCAAGAAGGUGUUCCAACUAUCGUAGGAUCACACUCCACAGCCUUCCUGGUAAGGUCUAUUCAGGGGUGCUGGAAAGGAGUGUCUGCCGGAUAGUUGAACCUCGGAUUCAGGAGGAGCAACAUGGUUUUGGUCCUGGUUGUGGAACUGUACCAGCUUUAAUACUCUUGGCAGGGUCCUUGAGGAUGCAUGGGAGUUUGCCCAACCAGUCACUUGUGUUUUUAUGGACUUGUAGAAGGUAUUCCACCGUGUCACCAGAGGAAUCCUGUGAGGGGUACUCUGGGAAUAUGGGCUAUCAGACUGCCUGAUUCGGGCAGUUUGCUUCAUGUAUGACCAGUGCCAGAGCUUUGUCUGCAUUGCCAACGGAAAGUCGGACUUGUUUGUAGUGGUUUAUAGUAAGAGUUGGACUCGUCCAGGGCUGCCCUUUGUCACCGAUUCUGUUCAUUACCUUUUAUGGAGAGACUUUCUAAUGCGACCAGGGCUUUGAGGGGGCUGCAGGAUUGGGUCUCUGCUUUUUGCAGAUGACGUGGUCCUGCUCGGUUCACCGGGCCAUGAUUGUCAGCUCCCGCUGCACCGGUUCGCGGCCGGGAUGAGAAUCAGCACCUCCGAGUCAAAGUCCAUGGCUGUUGGUAACUUCUUUGGGUCGGGGAUGAGAUCCUGCCCCAAGUGGGUGAGUUCAAGUACCUCGGGGUCUUGUUCACGAAUGAAUGAAGAAUGGAUUGCAAGAUAGUCAGGCAGAUUGGUGCGGCGUCUGGAGUGAUGUAGACUCCGUAGGAGCUGGAUCAAAAGGCGGUGAAGCUCUCAAUUUACGACCCUCACCUAUGGUCAUGAGCUUUGGGUAUUGACAAAAAGGACAAAAUCGCGGGUACAAGCGGCCAAACCGAGUUUCCUCCUUUGGAGAUCGGGUGAUAAGCACUGUCAUCUCGGAAAAACUCGGAGUAAAGCCGCUGCUCCACAUUGAGAGGAGCCAGAUGAGGUGACUUGGUCAUCUGGUCAGAAACCCAGGACAUUUUGGAGAGACUAUAUCUCUCUGGGAAUGUCUCAAGAUCCUCCUGGAGAAGCUGGACAAAGUAGUCGGGCAGAGGGAAGUCUGGGCUUCUCAUCUUAGGCUGCUGCCCUCAGAUAAGUGAAAGAAGAUGGAUGGACGUCAGGGAAGAGCAUCUUCUCCCUGAGCAGCAGAAGUGGAACACAAGGAUGGUGCAGGAGGAGCCAUCGCCUACCUACAUUAAAGAGGAAGAGGAGGAUCCACAGUACCCUCACAUUAAAGAGGAAGAGGAGGAGCCACAGCCCCCCGACAUUAAAGAGGAGGAGAAGGAGCCACAACCGCCCCACAUUAAAGAGGAAGAGGACGAUCACAGCAUCAGUCAGGAGGGAGAGCAUCUUGAAGGACUGGAGGAGUUCCCAGUGAUUGUUGUCACUGUGAAGAGUGAAGAUGAUGAAGGUGAAAGUGAGGAGAAGAGAGAGGUGGAGCCUCCAAGCAGCAGCUCAACUCAACACAUGACAACAGAAACUGAUGGGGACCACUGUGGAGGAUCACAAGCACACAACCUCUUAGCUCCACUAUCAGAUAGUGACGACACAACGUCACACUCUCCUGACACUGAUGAUGAAGACUCUGAAGCUGAUAUGACAUGUCACACUGACAACACACGCUGGAAAUGCUCUCAAUGUGACAAAAUUUUUGUUAACAAGGGAAAUCUGAAAAAGCACAUGAGACAUCACACAGGAGAGAAACCCUUCAUCUGCUCGGUUUGUGGUAAAAGAUUCUCUCAAAAAGAUGGUUUGAAAACACACACAAGAAUACACACUGGAGAGAAACCUUUUGCCUGCUCAGUUUGUGGUAAACGUUUCUCUCAGCAGUCACAUUUGAAGGUACACACACUAAUACACACUGGAGAGAAACCUUUUCCCUGCUUGGUGUGUGGUAAACGAUUCGACACCAAAGGUAAUUUAAAAGCACACACAAGAGUCCACACCAGAGAUAAGCUUUUUUCCUGCUCAGUUUGUGGUAAAGAAUUCAUUGAGAAGUCCUAUUUGAAAGUCCAUACAAGAAUUCACACUGGAGAGAAACCUUUUUCUUGCGCGGUGUGCGAUAAAGGUUUCUAUCAAAAAGGUGAUUUAAAUAGACACACAAGAAUGCACACUGGAGAGAAACCUUUUCCCUGCUCAGUUUGUGGUAAAAGUUUCUCAAAGAAGAUAACUUUGAUAGGACACACAAGAACACACGCCAGAGAAAACAACUUUUCUUGUUCAACGUGUGGCCAGCAAUUCACAAAUAGUACUAACUUAACAGAACACAUAAGAAUCCACACUGGGGAGACGUUGAAAACUUUGAAUGACGCAGCCAGCUGGAUUUCAAAGAACACAAAAAGGGAUGUAUGAAUAAGCAAGACAUUAUU